UUGCCUUUAGCUUGCUGUCAGUUUGCGUUAAGUAUCGUCUAAACAAACUUUGAAUAUUAUGCAGUUUUCUAAGAUAAUUAUAUUCGCCAGCAUUUUGAUAGGCGUAGCCUCUAUGCUUUGGUUUUUUAUAGCCGCUUUGGUGCGAGAACGUAUCCCUAAUGUUUUGAAACCUAUGGACGGCUACAUUUUUGAUUAUGCGGUGGUUGGCGCUGGUAGCGCCGGUUGUGUAGUGGCUUCUCUUUUGUCCAAAUAUAGCAAUGCUACUGUCUUGCUAGUGGAAGCUGGUUCGAGUUUCGGUUUUCUUAGUAAAAUUCCUUUGCUUACCACUUUCCAACAAAAAGGUUUAAAUGAUUGGAACUUUGUAACGGUUACUCAGAAAUAUUCAUCCAAAAGCUUAGCGCAACAGCGUCAGUUUUUACCGCGUGGAAAAGGACUUGGCGGUUCGUCCCAGCUAAACUAUAUGUUACAGUAUGAAGGCUUUGAAGGUGACUUCGAACGGUGGGCCAGCGAGUACUAUUUAAAGGAUUGGCAAUGGUCUACAAUAAAGCCAUACUUACAGGCUGCCCAAGCUAAGCCUUAUGAACGUUUGGAUAUUCCCGCCACCUAUUCGAAAAUCACUUAUGCCUUUUCGCAAUUACACAGUGAAUUCGUGCACAAAUCGUGGAAGUACCGCGCGGCACAAUAUAAUAUCAAAAAUGGUUUAAGAUUUAAUGUUCUCGAGAGAUUUCUACAGCCCGCCUAUCUUCAUAAUAAUCUACGGAUUAUGACCAACACAUUGGCCAAGCAAAUCGUGUUUGUUAGAGACAAAAAUGGCAAACAAAAUAAGGUCAAGUUUUUAAAAGUUUCCGCUAAAUCAGAAAAUAAACCUCAAGAUCAAACAUUUUUGAUCGAAAUUCGUCAUGAAUUGAUUAUAAGUGCUGGCGCAUAUCAAACACCACAGUUAUUAAUAAUUUCAGGUUUAGGCGAUCGUGCGAAUUUAGAAAAAUUUAAUGUAACUUCUAAUGCACAAUUACCUAAUUUACCUAUGGUCGGUCAACAAUUGCAUGAUCACUUAAUCAUUCCUUUAUUUGUGAGUAUAGAACAAGUGGGCCCUACAGUAAAUCAAAGGGCUUUAUUGAAUCCUCUAACUUGGCUUAAGUAUAUAUUUAUGGGUGGUGGACAUUUGGGUAAUUUUGGAGUAUUGGGUUUUAUUGAUAACACAGAGGGCCCUAUCAGUGAUCAUUAUAGUUUAACCUUGUUUGGGGUGGGAGCUGUAGAUGAAAGAGCUUUUAUGGUCAUUUCAAAUUUUAAAAGAAAUGACUUUAGAGGUUUAUUUCCACGUUAUCACAAUACUAGUCAGGAAGGCUUUGUAAUUAAUUCGGCUUGCUUACAACCUUUAUCAAGGGGCACUGUAAAAAUAGAUGAUUUAAAUAUACGAAAGAAGCCAAUUAUUGAUCCAAAUUACCUUAAUAAGGCAGAGGAUAUAAAUUGUACAAUAAAAGCAAUAAGGGCGGCGGUCGAGGUGAUUACCUCGAACAGCUUUUCCAAAUUGGGUGUACAAAUUCAUUGGCCUCGUUUGAAAGGGUGUGUUAACUACGGACCAUUUGAAAACGACUUCCAUUCUAACCAACCAAGCGACGACUAUCUAGAGUGCAUUAUACGUCACGUGGGCUUAAGUUCUCAUCAUCCAGCCGGUACUUGUGCUAUGGGGCUUAACAGUACGAAUAGUGUUGUGGAUUCUCAGUUCAGAGUUCAUGAUAUAAAAAACUUACGCAUAAUUGAUGCCAGCGUUUUGCCGACACCUGUAUCAGGAAAUCCGAAUUCAAUUAUUGUCGGAAUGGCUGUACGUGGUAAACAUGCGUUUUCCAAGGUUCUGAAAUUGUACGAGAACCGCUCACAGGAAUCCUAAAUAGCAAUGAGGCGUAAUUGAUAAGUCCGCGCCGUCACCAUUGGUCUUAUAUAUCUGCAAUACAAUGUUUGCUGUCUUUACAACAAUUCCUAUUUCUUAAGAAGAAAUUUAUUGGUGGCU